CCCGAUCCAGGCCCCUCCCACCUGAGGCCCUGCCAGGAACUGCCCGGCUGGACACAGAGGAGGUUCCUUCGUGGGCACAGGGAAGAGCCUCCCAUGGUCCAGUGGAGGAAGCUGCCCGUGGGAGCUCAGAGCCACCCACAGCCACAGUCAUGCAUGUGCCUCCUGUACACCCUGGGUAUGGCCCUGGUCUGUAGCAUCCAGGCCAGUGACAUCCCCCAGACCGAGCAGGACCUGGAGGUCUCAAAGUUGGCAGGGACCUGGCACUUCAUGGCCAUGGCGGCCAGCGACUCCACCUUCCUGGAGGCCAGGGAUGCCCCUUUGAGGAUCUACAUCACCUCCCUGAUGCCCACCGCCGAGGGCAACCUGGAGAUCAUUCUGCACAGAUGGGAGAACAACGAUUGUGUUGAGAAGAAGGUCCUUGCAGAGAAGACUGAAAAUCCGAGGAAAUUCAAGAUCAACUAUAUGGCGGUGAACGAGGCUACGCUGCUGGAGACUGACUAUGACAAAUUCCUGUUUCUCUGCAUGAAGAGCACCGCUGCCCCCAGGCAGAGCACCAUGUGCCAGUACCUGGCCAGAUCUGAGGAGGCAGACAACGAAGUCAUGAACGAAUUCUUCCGUGCUGUCUUGACCUUGCCCAUGGACUCACGGAUCCUCAUGGGAUGGCACCAGGUGCCAGAGCCAUGCCCUAUCUAGGAGAGCUCCUGCCUGGUCCUUGCUGGGAAGACCAGACCCCCGUCCAGCCACAGCUCCAGCAUGGUACAACCUCCUCCUGCCCUUUCAAAGAAUGUCCACAGCA